AUGUUCUCUGUUUUUGGAGAAAAUUCACGAUCGACAAAUGCGAACGAUCUCUCGAAUCCUUAUUUCCUUUCGAAUGGUGAUAAUCCAGGUGUUGUGCUUGUUCCAAAAAUUCUCAAAGGCAGUGAGAAUUACAGCACCUGUAGAAGAUCGAUGUCGAUUGCCUUGGUUGCUAGAAAUAAAGUGAAGUUCGUUAAUGGAAAGUUGCCACAACCCGACGAUGAUCACGAAGACUAUGACAGCUGGUGUAGAUGCAAUAGCACUGUCAUCUAUUGGAUCUUACAUGCAAUUUCAGAUGAAAUUGUCGAUAGUAUUAUGUAUCACGAUAAUGCAGCAGAGGUCUGGACAGAGCUGCAUGAACGCUUCAAUGAGAAGAAUGCUCCUCGGAUCUUUGAGGCAAAGAAGACGAUGCAGAGCCUUACUCAAGGAUCUAACAGUGUUACCACAUACUAUACUUGA